CGCAGUUGGGGUGUGCGUAUGAGUGGCUCACCGGUCCUACCGCAGCUGCUGAUAGCUUAGCCGUAAUGCUUUCCCGCUCCAGAUGUUUCUCCCGGACUCUAGGGCGCUCUCUCUCUGCUAUAAGCCAGGCGAACAACGCGUUGGGGCGGAGGACGGUGUCAGGACUUGCCGCCUGCCGUCGGGUUGCCUAUGAAAACAGCCGCCUGGAAUGUGACACCAGGGGCAGCGUCUUCCACAUCCGAUUCUUCAGGACCUCUUCAGCUCGCCAUGAUGAAGUUGUCACCAUUAACACACCCGCAUUCGCGGAGUCGGUCACAGAGGGGGACGUGAGGUGGGAGAAAGCUGUUGGGGACACGGUCGCUGAGGAUGAAGUGGUGUGUGAAAUCGAGACUGAUAAGACCUCUGUGCAGGUGCCCUCCCCAGCCGCAGGCGUGAUCGAGGCCCUCCUCGUGCCCGAUGGAGGGAAGGUGGAAGGUGGAACACCCCUCUUCAAGCUUCGGAAAGGAGCUGGUGCUGCCAAAGCUGCCGACGCACCCCAGCCCGCGGCGCCCAAAGCAGAGGCUCCAGCCGCGGCACCUCCUCCACCACCGCCGCCCCCUCCCCCUCCCCCUCCCGCUUCAGCCCCAGGACCCAUCCCCACCAGCAUGCCCCCUGUACCCCCCGUGCCAGGACAAGCCUUCGAUGCCAAACCAGUUUCUGCUGUCAAACCCACGGCAGCCCCCGCUGCCCCAGUGGUCCAGGCGGGUACUGCAGCCAAAGGGUCCCGAUCAGAGACCAGGGUAAAGAUGAACCGCAUGAGGCUGAGGAUCGCCCAGAGACUGAAGGAGGCACAGAACACCUGCGCCAUGCUGACCACCUUUAACGAGAUCGACAUGAGCAACAUCCAGGAGAUGCGGAAGCUGCACAAAGACGUGUUCCUGAAGAAGCACGGUGUCAAGCUGGGCUUCAUGUCCGCCUUCGUCAAGGCUGCCGCCCACGCGCUCACCGACCAGCCCGCUGUCAACGCCGUUAUCGAUGACACAACCAAAGAGAUUGUAUACAGGGAAUACGUUGACAUUAGCGUGGCUGUGGCAACGCCGAAGGGACUUGUUGUACCAGUGAUCCGGGGGGUGGAGUCAAUGAACUUUGCUGACAUCGAGAAAACCAUCAACGAGCUGGGAGAAAAGGCCCGCAAGAACGAGCUGGCCGUGGAGGACAUGGACGGCGGGACGUUCACCAUCAGCAACGGGGGUGUGUUCGGCUCCAUGUUCGGGACGCCCAUCAUCAACCCGCCGCAGUCCGCCAUCCUCGGCAUGCACGGGAUCUUCGACCGGCCGGUCGCCGUCGGCGGCAAGGUGGAGAUCCGCCCCAUGAUGUACGUGGCUCUGACGUACGACCACCGCCUGAUCGACGGCCGAGAGGCGGUCACCUUCCUACGGAAGAUCAAGUCCGUGGUGGAAGACCCCCGCGUCCUGCUCCUGGACAUGUGAUCCCUGCGGCGCAAGAAUCCGAAACCCAUCCGACAACAGCCUCCGUUACACUAGCAAUGGCUAAACCCAUCCCCUCCGCCCCCAAAACUCCUCCCAGUGUUCAUCACGGCAUUUGAUUAAUUACGUCAUUUAAGUAAGAGAGGGAAUCAAAUGUUCAGAUUGCUGACAUACACAGUGAAGAGAUUCUGGAGUUCAGUGACAAAGAACUCAUCAUUAAUGAAUUUCUCAGGCACAGUUUCCAGUGGAACAGGUUUCUGUCUUGGUGUGACGAGGUAAGCUGUCCCACCCUGUAGUAGGUUUUUUUUUUUUUUUCGUCUCACUAUCUCAUGGUCUGCUAGGGAAUAUUUGAGUGUUAUAAAUGACAUUCUGAAUGGAGGGGGAAAAAGGUGUACAUUCAUAUAUUGAUCUUUGUACUCACGUGGAAAGGAGAGACCACUGUGUAAUGGUUGCAUAGCCUAUGAGAAGAGAUCUCGCAAAACCAGAAGCGUUAUAUACCGCACAGAGUUGUUCAAAGUAUGUUUUUGUACUUGGGCACAUCAUUUAAACUGUUGGGUUUUGUUUCCCCCCCCCGAAACGCACAAUCGGCUAUGUCUUUCACAUAAGUCUGAAAUCUGAUUUGUCAACCACCCUGGGAACAGAUACUCUGUCAAAACUUAUUUAAGAAAAGUAAUUUUAAACAUUAAAAAGAAAGCAUACUAGUGUUUUA